CACAUCGACCAAGUGGCACGCCACGGCCAGGACCCGGUCAGUAGUUAGCUGCGCUCUGUCCAGACGACAACGAGACUGCGCAGACGCACUGAGAUGGGGCUGUUUACAUUAGUGAGUAAAGUAGUGAUCCUGAUAGCGGUAUCGAGGUUAUGUUAUGCUGAUGAGCAAGAUAAAGAAAAGCCUCAGGACAUAGCCACUCCUCUGAAAUCAGCUGUUCAACAAUCAAAUGUUCACUUUGAAGCGAGAUCAGCUGUUGAGCCACAUAUCAUUGAUUCUGCAACCAAAUCAGCUAUUGAUAUAUCAGCGGGGGAUGAAAUCAGUUCAACAGAAAAUGAUUCAGAAUCGAGAGGACAUGGGAUCAAAAUCAAGAAAAAGAAGCCAAAGCUGAAGAAAGCCAAGAAGUAUCUGAAGAAGUUCCUGCCUUUCCUCUUGAUUCCUCUGCUGAUUCAAGCUAAGCUGAUUCCACUCUUCCUCUUCAAGCUGAAGCUGAUAGCUCUGAAGGCUUUUGGAGUCGGCAAGCUGGCUCUGCUGCUGAUAGCCAUCAACAUGAUAUACACAUUGCUGCACAAGGGAUCUCAGGAUCAAGAUCAGCACUACAGCAAGGAAGUACUAGCCUCUGAACACUACGGAUACAACGGAGGACCCGAGUAUGGAGCUUGGGUCAACAAGAGGCUUUUCAACGUCGCUCAACCUUAGACCACCUUGUCUGCUCACUUUGCCAUAUCCAAGCCAAAGACUGUACAUCGUUAUUAAUUUAUUGAAUAAAUAUUUUUAGUUACA